ACUAACACAGGUGUGUUGUAACUUGGUAGACUGCCAGAGUCAGAUUAUGAGCUCAUUUGAUCCACAGAUACAUUCUCCACCGCGCUGCAGCCCGCAAUUUCCAAACAUUGGCCAGGAGCCUCCUGAAAUGAAUAUCUACUAUGAAAACUUCUUCCAUCCUCAGAACAUUCCUAGCCCACAAAGGCCUACAAACUUUGAAGCAGGGGACUAUAAUGCUGCCCACAACCCUUACCUGUGGUUAAAUGGACCUUCCAUUAACUCCCCACCUUACCUCCCAGGAUCCAAUGGCAGUCCUUACAUUCCACAGUCCUAUGGGAUGCAGAGGCAGCUCUUGCCUAACAUGCACGGCUUGGGGGCAAAUGAGAUGGGCUGGCUCUCUAUGCCUUCUCAGGAGGAGCUGAUGAAGUUGGUUAGGCCACCUUAUUCUUACUCUGCACUCAUUGCCAUGGCUAUCCACGGAGCACCAGACAAGAGGCUGACACUCAGUCAGAUCUACCAGUAUGUUGCGGACAACUUUCCUUUCUACAACAAAAGCAAAGCUGGCUGGCAGAACUCCAUACGGCACAAUCUUUCUCUCAAUGAUUGCUUCAAAAAGGUACCACGGGAUGAAGAUGACCCAGGGAAAGGCAAUUACUGGACCUUGGAUCCAAACUGUGAAAAGAUGUUUGACAAUGGAAAUUUUCGUCGUAAGAGGAAGAAGAAAUCUGAUGUUAGUGCCAGCACAGCAGCGCUUGCUUCUGAUAAAUCAGAAAACAGUGUCCUCAGCAACAGCCCCAAAGGAGCAGAGCAUCAAGACAUUUUAGAAAAUUCCUCUUCUGGAACUGAGAGCUCACCUGAAAAAAGCUCCACACCCCCUCCUUCUGCUGCUCCCUGCCUCAACAACUUCCUGUCCAGUAUGACAGCAUACGUGAAUGGGUCCAAUUCUGUAAGUCGUUCAGGGCCCCUGGGACUAAGCGCUGAAGUUGGUGACAAAAUGGGACAGAAUAUGGUAGGCUUCAACUCAUACUCUCCUCUUUCUAACAUCCCCAGUCAUGGCAGCGGAGAGUGGUCUAAUUGUAUGUCCUCUGGUCAUCUGGGCUACAGCAGUUCAGUUCUCAGCCAGUUCAACACCAAUUUCUACAACAGCCUUGCUGCAAAUAAUACUCUGUAUGCCAGAGAGGGAACUGAAGUAUAAACCAAGGGAGGCCUUGUGACAACAGGAGAAAGGGGUAUGAAUCUGCAGAGUGAAAAUACGCUUGGGAAAGGUGCUUCAUGUUAGUCCCUCGUUUCUGGCAUCCAUCUGUCAAAUUUACUUAGACAAACCCAACAUUCUUUGUUAAUACACAGUAAAUAGGCUACAGUGGUUUUUGAGAUGCACUGUAUAAUUUCGACCUUCAAAGGUCUUGUCUUAGGAAGUUUACACAAGAGCACAUCCUCUAACUCCACAUUAAUGAAUAAAAAAAAUCCUGGUUGAAUGACAAAGCAAAACAGAAUAAUCACUUCAUGCAUAAAGCCCCCUUGAAGAGAUGAAAGGAAAGCAGUUCUCUCUUACUUUGAAAUGACAUUAGAUGUGAGUAUGAAAUAUCAAGUGUAAAAAUAAGUUUAACUAAAUUGUAUUGUUUCUACUCCUUUGGUUAAUUGAAAUUGUAGUGUGAGAUCCCAACAAAAGCUAAAUGUGAAAAGAUUCACUGAUCCCAUUGGGGAUUUUCUAGCCAUUAUCUGUCACACUGAAACAAAUGGAAUUUAACAGUACUUAUUUUCGGCAUCAUCCAGCCAACGUUACCUGCCACUUUAUUCUGUUCUAAAGGUAUUGUUAGAAAACAUGCAAGUAGGUUGUAUAUGGUCAUAAUAUGUGAUUUGGAAGACAAAACAUAGUGGUUGCACAAAGCUGGAACUAGACGAAGAAUCUGAAUACCGUGCUUUUUUUGUGGAGAAAGUGCAAUCUUUGUGAAGUAGAGCUGAAAUUUUUUCUAGAGCUGAAGUCAACUCAAACUGUCAGCCUGUCGCAAACCCUUAUGAGUUCAAGUAAUAGUUACUAAUUUACAGGGGAGAAACCUUACCUAAUUUUACAUUUCUUGAGACGUUUCUUGCCCACUCCAGUAAUUGACAUGGUGCAUUUGUUUGAAAAAAUAAAAUGCAUUCUUUUCUCAUACAAGAUGUACUAUUGUAGAAAAGCCUUUACAUAAAAAUGCUCUAUAGUAAGGUUGCCCAUUGAUGUAUUAUUACAAACAAAACACUGUUUCUUGAUAUAUAUAUAUAUAUAUAUUUGUGUGUGUAUUUUGGUUACCGUUUCAUGCUGGGGACA